AUGGCUGAAUUGAAAAAUACGAGGAAAAACGAACUCAUCCUUAAUAAUAAAAGAUAUUUGGGAAUGUUAGAGGAUGAAAGGAAAAAACGCUCGUCUGCCGUACAAACUCUAAACAUAUCUAAGCAUAACUUGGCGGAUGCAAAGAAAAAAUUAGCUGCUGAGGAGCAAGCUCGCAAAAGCGCUAACUCGGCCUUGGAAGGCUUCCAAAAGCAAGCCGAGGACCAGAGAAAGAGCUUGCACGAAGCUAAUGAAGAAUUGAAGGCUACCCGAAAGCAAGUGGUAGUCCUUAAAAAGCACUUGGAGGAAACCCAAAAAUUAAGGGAGCAAGCUGAAAAAUCCAGGGAGGAAGCCGAGAGGGCAAAGGUUGAGGCCGAACAGGCAACGAACGAGGCCGAACAGAAAGGUUACGACCUUGGGGUAGCUAAGACAGAGGAAACCCUAAGGGCAGAGGUACCAAUGGUGUGCCACAUUUACUAUGCCCAAACCUGGAAUGAAGCCCUUAACCGAGUUGGGGUUGAGGCUUCAUUUGAGUUGAGGAAGGCAAAGAAUGUGUUCUAUCCUACAGCAAUCCGCGCCUCGGAUCCUCCAUCCACUCAAGCUGAAGACACUCCCACAACCACCAAUCCUAAUCAGGAAGUUUUGCCUCAAAAUCUUCCUCCCCCUGGCCAAUCAGAACCAGUUAAAGAGACCAAUGCCCCUCAAGAAGCCUCCUUGGACAAAACUGUAGCUGCUUCUGAGGUAGAGGUAGCCUCUCAAGGUUUUCAGCAGGAUUUGGCUUCUACAGUCAUGCUAGUUGAGGGAGCCACUAAGGACAAAGAGGGAGUCACUACUUUGGAGGCAGAUAAACCAGCCAACCAAACUCCCAAGCUCCAAAUUAAGUUGAAAAAAUAG